AUUUGUCUUCAAGUGCGCCUGCGCGGGUGUCUAGCGCGUGUGUGUGUUGUGAUGGUUAGAUGGAAGCCGCUGUGACAGUAAGGGAAGAGGGGGAUGGGGACACUCCAGGGACACUUCAGGUUUAUCUGAAUAAAAAUGUAGUAACAAUUCAACCUGAAGAUAGUCGGACGUACAAGGAGCACCCUGAAAUCCCAAUGGAAAUGAAGAGUGACGAGAGUCAUAUGACUGAACAAAUUCUACAGCUCACUCUGCAGAUCAUCUACCUGCUGACUGGAGAGGACUACAUGGUGGUGAAGAAGAUCUCUGGUGACAUUGCGACAUCCACCCGUCGCCCCAAUGAAAAACCACAUCCUCCCUCUCGGAUACCUGAGAGAAAUAGCAAGAAAGUACUAGAGGUCAUCAACAAGAUGGCUGCGCUGCUGACCCGCGAGGCGGAAGAUGUUUCGGAGAAUGUCCACCAUCAUGAUGGAGAUCGCUGUGAUGGCGACCCACGCUCGUUGGAUGACUGUGAACCCGGAAGCUUGACACUGUUACCCAUUUCAGAAGCCUCCAAUGUUUUUGUAAGACGAUAUACAAAAAUUUUUGAUAAAGAAGGACUGUUGAUUGAAUGUAAGUCACAAAAUAAUACAACAGAAGCAGCAGCCAGUACCGGAAAUUGCAGAGGUCUGACCCUAACAAAUAAGCAGACGGACACUGUUGGCACUCAAAGUGGACAUGAUCUCAACUCGCGUCAAGGUGGACAACCAGAAGCCACAAAGGGAACGCAGACUGAGUGGCCAUCUACUUACAUUUUGAUGUACAACACAAAUGCUUUAAAUAUUCAAACGCCAGUUACUGAGAUCAACACGGCUGUUAAGGCUUUUGACAAAAAGUUGGCCAAUUUUUUGGGACAAGAAACGCGCAUGAAUCCCUCGCCAACCCCAAAAUCUUUGACUGGUCGCUCUAGCAAUCCGCAGUGGACUUGUGUCGACUGCGAGAAAACAUUUGCUUGUAAAUCGCAUCUUACAAAGCAUCAACAAAUGCACAAAGAAAUCUCUUCAAAAACUUUUUCCAGUUUCACAAAUCUUGAUGGCCAUCAACGAGACAAUACGUGUUGGGUCGACUCCAUUGAUUCUGAUUCACAAGAUCCAAGUUCCCAAAGAACGCACAACGAAGAGAGAGUAGGCCCGUCUUCAGAUUCCAUAAAAAAUGUUGGUGGUACUUCCAAUCUUGCUGAACGCGAAGUCGACAUUCGGGACCGCCAAGCUGGGAGCUCCCAUAAUGGUGAACGUCAAGUGGACAACUCGGAAGGUUUUUUGGACUGCGGGCAGAACUUAGUCUGUAGCUCUGGCCUUGAUGAUGGACACCAAUUGGUCAACCAAGAAGACCGUGGAAAAGAUUUUUCUUACAAAUUGGACCGAAAAAUUCACAGCGGCGAAAAGCUUUUCCUUUGUUCAGAAUGUGGGAAGCGUUUCAGUCUAAAGUCGGCUCUCUUGAGGCACCAGAUGAUUCACACUGGGGAAAAGCCCUUUGCUUGUACGAUGUGCGGGAAAUGCUUCAAUCAACACUCUCAUUACAUCAGACACCAAUUGAGCCAUAGUGGCAAAAAGCCAUUUACCUGCGUGGAUUGCGGCAAAAGCUUUAUUCAAAAAUCAGACCUUGUGAAGCAUCAACAGGGACAUAAAGGAAUUAAAUUGUCUUGUCCGGUAUGCAGGAAAGAAUUCUGCUCAAAAAUGUUCCUUGUCAAGCAUCAGAAAAGUCACAGAGAGUCCAACAGGGCAGUCUGUCCCGAAUGUGGGAAAGGUUUUUCCCAGAAGUCUGCACUUGUGGCUCACCAGAGGAUCCAUACAGGGGAGAAACCAUUUUCCUGUAACGACUGCGGGAAAUUAUUCAAUCGCAAGUCGCUUCUAGUGAGACAUCGGAGGAUCCACACGGGGGAGAAGCCUUUUUCGUGCCGAGAGUGCGGGAAAAGUUUCACUCGUACCACAAAUCUCAUCACACAUCAGAGGGCUCACUUGGGGGAGAAGCCUUACUCUUGUUCUAAGUGUGCCAAAUCUUUCAACAAUAACGCCACUCUUCUUAAACAUCAGAAAACCCAUGGAGAGGGUAUCGAAAUUUUGUAAAUGAUAUUGCAACUCCACCCAAUAUGUUCUGAUCCUGUUUAACCACUUACCCCCCCGGACCAUAUUGCUGCCCAAAGACCAGAGUACUUUUUGCGAUU